GGAGGCAUCUACUACUACCAGUACGGCGGGGCUUACAGUGGCUUUAGCGGAGCAGAGGGUGAAAAAGCCCAGCAGCUUGACCAGCGUUUCCACCUACUAAAGCUGCCGAUUGCAAGGGCAGCAAUGGCCGUGGGAGGGUGUCUCCUGGUCUUCUCCUGCCUUCUUAUUUUGGUUGGUGUUCUGCAGUUACCGUGGCAUUUCCCAGCAUGGCUGCUACUUGAAUGUGUCCUGGACGUAGUGAUUGCAAUUGGCAUGCUCCCUGCUCUGUACUUUUUCUUCCAUUUUCUGCUGGGGGUUUAUAAUUCAUCAGUGUGCAGAGAGAGAGAGCAGCUUUAUCAAAGCAAAGGCUACCAGGGCUUUAGUUGCAGCCUGCAUGGGGCAGAGAUUGCUGCUAGCCUCUCAGGCUGCAUCGCUGUUGUGGCAUACCUGCUUAGUGCAAGCCUAGCUGUCAGGCGGUACAGAACCAUUCAUAAACUGAAACAGAAGCCAGUACAAUUAUACGAGCUUUAG